AUGGACCCUUCUGAUCCACGCACAACUCUCAUGUUAAAGAACAUUCCAAAUAAGUACACUCGACAGCUCCUGGUCAACGAGGUGAUGGCUCGUAUGCCGGUGGGGUCCUUUGACUUUGUGUAUAUGCCCAUUGACUUCCGUUCGCGGUGCAAUUUCGGCUAUGCCUUCGUCAACGUCACUGAGCCCAAGUACACUCAUAUGUUCUUUAACGCCUUCAAGAAUUCCCGACUACCUGGGGUCAAGAGUAGUAAGGUAUGCGAGGUCGUUUACGCUCGAGUUCAGGGUCUGCAAGCGAAUGUCAAUAGGCUCAUCAACUCGCCAAUUCUCGACUGCACGCCUGCUGAUGAUGACGAUGCCCUCCCACUGGUGUUUGGCGACCAUAACGAGCAAAUCCCCUUCAAAAAACUGGCGCAGAUGAGGAGAGAGCGCCAAAUGCAGAUCAGAUCUGGCAAACGAGGCCACCAUGCAAAACAGCCUACGACCAUCCAUGAGAAUUCACAGUUGCCAGCGACGACUUCCACGGCUAGUGACACGUGGGUGCCCACCAUUUCGAGUGUCCCUAGCGGCCCGGGGUUGGAGUCGUUAUUAUGGGACACCAUGCCCCUCGAUGACACCAGCAGUUUCGUGUCGGCCCCUACUCUGUUGUUUGGUGCUAAUGGCGGGCAAUACGGAGGUAUUUCGAGUAUGACAGGAACCUCCGCAAGGCUUGUCGAGGAGGAGCAGGGUGACCAUCACAACAACAUGCUCCAAAGCCCGGACUGGCAACCCUGUGAUACGGACCGUUUGGUAUUGGACUCUCUCAAUAUGCUGAGUCUCGAGUAG